ACCAACUGGCUGGAGAGACAGAUACGGUGAUGGCACAGUGGAGUGUGUGUCGCAGCAGCCUGGCUCUUCCCCUGUCUUUACCAUGUGGACCACCUGUGCCCUGGCCUGUGGUGUCACGCUGUCAGCCCCGGGUGAACCCCGGCGCCCGCAUCCACUCCAGCAUGCGCACAGUGCAUCAGGUUGUGUACCCAGACAACAGCAGCACAGUCCAGGCCUUCAGCGAGAUCCCAGGCCUCUGGAAAAACGGAGUGGCCAACCUCUACAGCUUCUGGAAACUAGAUGGGUUUAAGAACAUCCACAGAGUCAUGUUGCACAACUUUAACACUUUUGGACCCAUUUACAGGGAGAAGAUUGGUUAUUAUGAGAGUGUGAAUAUAAUCAAACCAGAGGACGCAGCCAUCCUAUUCAAGGCUGAGGGCCAUUACCCAAAGAGGUUAAAGGUCGAGGCAUGGACGUCAUACAGAGACUACAGGAACAGGAAAUAUGGUGUCUUGCUGAAGAAUGGGGAGGACUGGCGUUCCAACAGGGUGAUUCUGAACCGGGAGGUCAUCUCUCCCAAAGUGCUGGGGAACUUUGUUCCCCUUCUGGAUGAGGUGGGUCAGGACUUUGUAGCCCGGGUAAAUAAGAAGAUUGAGAGGACUGGACAAGGCAAAUGGACUACUGACCUCUCUCAUGAACUCUUCAAAUAUGCACUGGAAUCCGUGGGCUCUGUUUUGUAUGGAGAGCGCCUGGGUUUGAUGCUGGACUACAUUGAUCCAGAGGCCCAGCACUUCAUUGACUGCAUCUCUCUGAUGUUCAAGACAACCUCUCCCAUGCUCUACAUCCCCCCGGGCCUGCUGAGACGUGUCGGGGCCAAGGUCUGGAGGGACCACGUGGAGGCCUGGGAUGGCAUCUUCAACCAGGCGGACCGCUGCAUCCAGAACAUCUACCGCACGAUGCGCCAGGACCGGUCAGGGACGUAUCCAGGAGUCCUGGCCAGCCUACUGAUGUUGGACAAGCUGUCCAUUGAGGACAUUAAGGCCAGCAUCACGGAACUGAUGGCUGGGGGGGUUGACACGACAUCCAUCACUCUCCUGUGGACACUGUAUGAGCUGGCCAGACACCCGGACCUCCAGGAGGAGUUGAGGGGGGAGGUGGUGGGGGCCAGGGCCUCCUCCCAGGGGAACAUGCUGCAGAUGCUCAAGAGGAUUCCGCUGGUUAAAGGGGCUCUGAAAGAAACUCUGAGGCUUCAUCCUGUGGCUGUCAGUUUACAGAGAUACAUUACUGAAGACAUUGUCAUUCAGAACUACCACAUUCCUUCUGGGACCCUAGUCCAACUAGGUCUGUAUGCGAUGGGGAGGGACCCGAGUGUGUUCCGAAAACCAGAGCAGUACCUGCCAUCCCGCUGGCUGAGGACAGAGAACCAAUACUUCAGGAGCCUUGGGUUUGGGUUUGGACCCAGGCAGUGUCUUGGACGACGUAUCGCUGAAACAGAGAUGCAGCUGUUUCUCAUUCAUAUGCUGGAGAACUUCCGGGUAGAGAAGCAGCGUCAGGUGGAGGUGCGGAGUACCUUUGAGUUGAUCCUGCUGCCAGAGAAACCCAUACUGCUGACCUUAAAGCCUCUACACAGCAGCUGAUGACAUCAUAAUGCCUCUACACAGCAGCUGAUGACAUCAUAAUGCCUCUACACAGCAGCUGAUGACAUGGCAACACCACUACACAACAGCUGAUGACAUCAAAAAGCCUCUACAUAGCUGAUGACAUAACACCUCUACACAGCAGAUGAUGACAUGAGGCAACUACACAGCAGCUGAUGACAUCUUGAAGCCUCUACACAACAUCCCUGACAUCAGAGCAUCCUGACUGUGGAACACAGAUAUGGUAGCUUCCCUGGGGGGCUUAUUCACCCAUCAGUCCUACAUUUCAUCUGUAAUAUAUUCUACUUUCCACAUAAAAAAUACAAGACAACGGCUUUAACAACA